GCAUUAAAGAAAAUAUGGUAGAACAUUCCAAAGUUAUAUCAGUUUUCAUCCUGUAAGCACCAAAAUGCUUUAUGUAUUUGCUUUUCUGAUUAUAUUUAGAGUAUCAUUUCUGCUUAUGCACAAUUAUGUCAUCUUUAGGGGUGCAUUAUACUUUAAAGAAUUUAUUUUUGAGGGUAAUAAAUUUUGGAUAAAAGGCAAGAUAGGGAGGGAAAAAGGAAAGAAAAUAUUUCUUACUGCACAGAACCAACCCUUUUAUUUAGAGCAAGAGUUGUUUGAUACAGUUUUUGGUGUUGAGAAAAGUCAGUGAAAAUAUGUGAUAAAGAGCUACAUAAGGUUAUCUAAAGUGUAUGUGAUCAGAGCUAUAAAUUCUGCAGUAGUUCCUUGCCUACUUUUAUCAGGAAGUAGGAAAGUGAUCCUGUGCCAGAGAGAUUGUAAAGGAUAUGUAAAAGUUUUAUAUGAAACAGUUUCAGUUGUGUUACUAUUAUCAGAUAGAGCUGGUAAUAAGUUCACUGUGUGCUGGGGAACUCUUGCUAACAGGAGUUUCUAAUUCAAGAAAAUAUUACAUCAAGUGAUGAAAACAAGAUAAAUAGAAGAAGGAGCCAUUUGCUUAGAAGGAUGAGGCCUUGUGGGUAAAGAGAUGGGCUUGCCCAAUGAGUCCAUUAAAUACCUGCGUCAGCAGCUACAGUGUCAUCCUGUGUCCCUUCAGUGGGAGAAACCUAAGACAAUCCUUGUACGGCGAGGUGCUAGUGGAAAGUUUGGUUUUCAUUUCAAGACUUUUCAGUGUGGGCCAAAUGAAACAGCGACAGUAGUAGUUUUGGUAAAGGAAGACUGCAUCACAGAAGGAUCUCUACAACUUUGUGACCGAAUUGUGUCAGUGGAUGGCGUGUCAGUGACAAGUUAUUCCGAAGAGAAUGUGCGGAGGCUGCUGAGCCAGACUAGUGCCAGCAAGGUGUCGCUGCUUGUAUCCGCCAUGAGUAAAGCAAAUCCACACACACAGGUGAAGAGAUUUUUGUCUAUAAACUCAGGAACAAGUAGAAACAGCAGCUCAGCCUCUCUCAGUUCUACUGAGAGGCCUGUUGUCAAGCGAUUUGCUAAAAGCAACAGUACCGAGACAGAAAAAUCUGCAGAAGCAGGGGAGAAUACCCCUUUGCUUCCACUAGGGGGACAUUCACAGAAUUCUGGGGAUCAUCAGAGCGGAUGCCGUGCAGAGGCUACAUGCGUGUCGAAAGGGCUUCCCAGUGGAAAGCAAACACAGCUUCUGUCAAAGAAAAUGUCGAAUGAGAUUAAGAUUCAUGAUAUUGUAUGUGUAGUGCAAGAAAGUGAUUCUCCUCCCCGCACCCAGACUUUACCAUCCUCUACCACUUCUUCCAAUCCACAUCCAACUUCCUCUAGCACCACCAGCUCAGAAAGCUUUUUUGUUGAGAGAGGGAAAAGAGGUGACAGAAGUGCUGAAUCCCUUGGAGUAGAAGUGUGCUCUUUGCCCAGCUGCAACAUUCAGACUUGCUUGUGGCAUAAAUUUGUUCUGGGCUUCCCUCAGUAUGUGAUAUGGGACCCGUUUACAAAAACAUUUGAGCUUAACAAAAAUGGCAGCACCUCAUUUGGAUUCAAGUUCAAGGUCAAGAAGCAUGAUGGCCCACCAGGAGAAGUAUUUGCAUUAGUGACAGAGAUUCUUCCUGGUGGUGCUGCUUGGAAGCAGCUUCUGCCAGGUGAUUGGAUACGGUCUGUAAAUGGCACAGCAGUAAAUUCUGCAGAGGAGGCUUUUGGCCAUGACUUCCGCAGUUGUUCCUCUCUUCGGCUUGUCAUCCAGCGGCCUGCUGGGUUGCUGCAACAAGGAGCUGCUCGACUGAAACAACAGGCUGAUGCCAUGGAAAAUGCACUCCAUUUUCCUUCCUCUUCUUCUUCUAGCAGGUUGAUGUCUCCCACCAGCCCAAAGGUCUCACAGGGUUCCCUCUCAACCAUGUCUGCUUCUAACUGGAUGCAAACCUCUGAUGAACACAUACCUCUCAACACCCUGGGAUCACCUAAUCUUUGCAGAAGCUCAUCAGCAGUUGACCGAUGUACACUGACAAAGGUGCGCGUGAUAGUGUGUGGAAAUCGAGCAGGGGACUUAGUCCGUGGCCUGAUGGAAAAUUGUGGCUCUAUGGUUAAUGGUGGUGCAAAUAUACAGUGUUUUCAGCUCUCCAUGCAGCUAGCCAAGGAUAAAAAAGUGAAAAUUCACACAUGGCCAGAGCCUAGCGUGGCCAUCAUGCAGGAACAUUCAUCAGUCCCUUCACAAUACUCUGGCAGCAGGGCAGGGCAGGAUUGGGGAAGUGCUCCAGAUUCUCUAAACCUGGAACUGUGCAUUAUCAGUGAUGAGAAUUUCUUCCACCACUGUGCUGCUUCACUCUUCACCACCAACAUCCUACUCCUCCUCACCUUUGAUGUGGUCAAGAUGCAAAACCAGUCAGAGCGCGAGAUGGCACGUCUGGCUGCCUUGAUUCACACAGCCCAUGCCUGCAGUACCUUCAGUGGCUGUAGUGCCUCGAUGCACUUGUAUGGGAUGCUCUCAGGAGCACAGCCAGUUGUCAGCGCUGAGGAGGUACAGGCCCUUUUCUAUGUUACCCAAGCUGGCAGCCAGCUGCUUGAACGCUUUGAGCUGUCUCCUCCUGACAUUGCUUCCCCUUGCUGUGCAGCACACAUGGCCAGUGUCCGCUACCAUCUGUUUCAGUGGUGUAGAAUCUUGUCAGAACAGUGCAUGGUUGUCUCACAGGUACCCGCUCUUCUGGAUGCCCUGCUAUCCUUCCCUAACUUGCAGGCGACACUUGGGGACCUGAAGGACAUGCUUGAUGGCACAGCACCUGAGGUGGGCCAUCAGAGGCUGCCAGACAUAAUCAAAGAUCUUACUGCCACUGGAAACCUUAUUCCUUACAGAAGGUGUCAAGAAGUUGGUGAAAGCCAGGAAGAGUAUCUUCUUCCCUUCAACAUCAUGCUGGCACUUGGCCAGCUCUUCACCAAGAACAACUUUGAUGGCUUAACCCCCUCCUGUCGCCAGAAGUGGUUUAAACUGUUAAGUGAUGCCCGAAUCUCUCCAUCAGACCUAAGUGAUAUUCUGGAAGUGGGCACAACUGGAAGCCGCCUGACACCCCAGAUACUGGUACAUCUAGGAGUAAUUUUCCCUUUUCGUCCUGUGGCUAGGGUGACUCCCAGAGACUCUGGCUUUGGAGAGGAUGCAGUGGAGUAUGUUGUGCCUUAUUUUCUGGUUGACCAGCAAAUGCAACCACUAGAGAAAAACUUUGUGGUUCAGCUCCAAGCUCCAGUGCCAUGGAGGGUAUACUUUGAUGGUCUGUCCAAGCUCAGCAUGCAUCCAUCCGUGCUAGAACUAAACUUGUGUGGUCUUUUCACCUGUUUUGUUACAACCAGUAGUUUACAGCUUUGCCUGCAGUUUCAGAAGAGUGUUAAUAGACUUCAGAUUUCUGCUUCCAAAGGUGAUGGAAAGUCAAAGAGGAGCAUCACUCUGCAGGAGAUAAAACAGCUGCUGGACAUCUUUAUCCCUCCACACGUUCACUUCACUGUACAACAUGUUGAUACGCAGACCUCAAGCAGUGACUCUGUGAUUACAUCUGUGAUGUCUGAUGUGCAAAAAUUGCCGUUUGUUGCUGGUAAUGAGGACACCCAUUGCAAACAACGGUUGUUUGAGGCGGAACCAACAGACCCCCCUAUUAAUCCACAGACUGAAAAUAAAUUUGAUGUGCCUCUUAGAUCUUUAAACUGGUCUACAUUAAAAUCUGUGGCCCUUUGUCUGAACAAGGAAAUGACUACAUGCUGCAAUUGGAAGGAUGUGGCAGAGCACGCAGGCAAGACUGUGGAUGAGAUUUGUGGAUAUGAAGGUGUGUCAGCCUCUGAGUUACCGGCCAUGAUAUUUCUCAAGGAGUGGAGUGCUUCGGCCACUGUUCAGCAGUUACUGGAUAUUCUGGAGGCAAUUGAACGCCCAGAUGCCCAAGACAUUAUUCUUAAUAGUUUCAGGAAUAAAUAGCUAUGAAAUGCCUCCACUGCUGCAUAGGACAGAGAAGGUGGAGCCUUGCCUAUUGUUGGUUGUUCUGUAAGCCAGUCCAUCUUCAUUCAAGGAUUUUCAUUCAGGCAUACUGCUUCUCAAGAAGAGACUACUCAGUUGUGAUAAUAUUGUGAACUUAUGUUGAAUGGGCCAUACUUGCAAAAACCAUGAAGACGAAAAUUCUUUUACUAAACCAGUUUGCAGUUUGAAAUUAUAUUUUAUACAACAUUGGGAGAUUUUUGUUGUAGCUUGGCAUGGGUAUCUAGGUAUCUUUUAAAUGAUUUUUAUGCAGAUAUGAGAGGUCUUCUAUCAAAUGAGCACAGCAGAUUAAACAAAAUGACCAAACAAAUUAUUAGAAAAUGAUUUUAAUAUCUCUUAGAGAUUGGCAUGCUUCAUGUUCUGUACCUCCAUUUGCUUACUAGUAAGAGAAGAAAGUUGACUAUGGAGUUGAGCUUCAUGUAACAGAAAGCUCCUGAUUUAGAUUGAUUGAUGUACCUGAAUUCUGAGGUUGUUUUCCUCUGUAUGGUGAAAUCUUCCGACAAAUUGAAAUGACUGUUAUUUUAACCUAGAUUUUAAUUGCUGUUUUGGGUGGGUUAUUAGGUGAAUAAGUAGCAUCUUGCAGAAAAUGCAUUGGGUGGGUCUAAGUUUCACAUUACUUUUCUGAGAGUGUUUUUACUUGUAUGGUUUUUUUUAUCCCUUUUUUUGACAGAAGACAGUGACAGUGUUAAAACUCUAUGAAUAUAAUGUGUGCUGAUUGGUGGUCAUUGCAGCACUUGGCAUUACGAGAUCUCAGACUUUGCAUGUUGUUGCACAUCACAGCACGAAUUAUUAGUGUUUGUUUACUAAUAUGGCUGCCAAGUUAACUAAGCUGGUCUUGCAAGUAAUCCCAUGCCACAUGCAAAAUAUGACUCAAUGCUUUUGAGCUUAUAAAUUGUAGACGACUAUUAACAAAGAUUUAACAAUUUUUGGCCAUUUGCUAUUGUGUUAUUUUAUAGGCAGCUGUAGAUACCAACCCCAUCCAAUUCCUCAAAUGCAUUAAUGGUAUGUGCACAUUUUGUUUUGAUCUUUGAACUCAGUAGGCUUAAAUGUCAUCCUGGAAAGUCUGAAUCAAAGGAUUUAAAAAAAAAACUGAACUUUAAAUGUCAUCUUGAUUUAUCAUGACCAACAUGUAGUGCUUUCAGAUAAAUGUGUGUUUAUAAUCAAAAUCAUAUGACAGUAGUAUGGCCAUUGAUCGCUUUGUUGUAAUUUCUUGCUGUACAGUUUGCUCACCUGGUGCUGUAGUUGUAAUUUUUAAACAUCAGUUUUCAAGGACAGUAGUCUACAGGUUGCUUCCACUUGAGUCCUGUAUUUUACUUUGUGGUCAGUCAUAGCAAAGAAAAAAGCUGGCUAAUUCCCUACUGACUCAUUUGACUGUGAUAUAUUAACUUGUAAAUAAUGCAGUGCUGCUGUAUACAGAAGGAAUAACAUCAAAAUGAGAAUGGCAAAGAUAUGGGGUAGAGGAGGUUAGGGGAGUAAGAUACCUAUCAAAACCCAGAACAAGCUGCAGAACAGGGUGAGAUUUUACAGGGUAUAACUUCUGUGUCUUUGUUUGUUUGUUUAAAAAAAAAACUACUGGAUUUUUGAAGGCCAUACAAAUGUUCACAGAACUGCCCUCAUUAACCUCCACUUCCUUUGUGAAAACCACUGCCAUAUUGCAUGACCUAUAAUCUAUGUAUAGAUUACACUUUUAAGUCCUUAUUCUUCAUGCCCUAAGUGUCUGGUUUGAGAUAUAUUUUGGUGGCUGGCAAGCUGGAAUGGAGAUAUAUAGGUAUGCACGUAAGUUGUUAAGAUUUAAAUUGACCCCCUUCUCUGGUCACAGCAACCAUCAGUGCAAGUUUUUUUCUCAAAGGGAGAUGAUUCUGUUCAUUCUCAUUGGUGCAGAAACAUUGGACUUCAAAGAUAAUGGUUAUUGUGGAAUACCAAAUGCCAUCUUAGCAUCACAGCGUUGGGCAGGUUCAGGCAGAAUACAUCUUCUGUGCUCUUUUUUACUAUUCAUAAAUGGUGGAACCUGGCAGACAUGGAUAUCUGGAUAUUGAAAGUUAUUGAUAUUAGCUUUAUACUCUUAAUUUCUGUUUAUUUUUGAUCGUGGUUUAGGAAGCGAAGAGAAUGAAACCAAUUAGCUUUUGUAGAUUGUUUUAUCAAUGAAAUGACAAUGUCUGCAGAACAAUUUUUAGCACCUUUUUAUAAUUUUUAUGUAAUUUUAAAAGUUUUGAGGUGUGCACGCAGGGAGGUACUUGUGCUCAUGUGAUUAUGCUUAUGUGUGAACAUGGCACAUGGUUACUAGGACCUACAUGAUUGUUAGUGGCAGCCCACAAACUACUGUUAUGCGUGUAGGUGAUGUAGGAGACCUAAAUAUUGCUGACCAUUAAAGAAUGCAAUAAAAAAAUUAUGUUGAUUUCAGUGCAUG